AUGUCAUCAUCACCAGACUUCAAGAUUACCAACCUCUUUGACGUCGAGGGCCUAAAGGUCCUCGUGACUGGCGGCGGAACGGGUAUCGGCCUAAUGAUCGCCCGUGCCCUCGCUGUCAACGGUGCAAAGGUUUACAUCACCGGCCGUCGCGAAGAUGUGCUCAAGUCCUCCGCCGAGCAACAUAGUGCCGACGCCGAAGGCGAGAUCAUCCCCAUCACCGGCGACGUAACAGACAAAGCCUCCAUCCAGGCCCUCCUAGACGACUUGAAACAAAAGGAAGAACACCUCGACAUCCUCAUCAACAACUCCGGUAUCGCCGGCCCAGGCAUCGACAACGCUGCAAAAGAAGCCACCCCCCUCGCCAAAUCCAUGUGGGAAAACGACUACGAGGAGGCUCUCUCCGUGUUCAAGGUCAACGUUCUCGGAUACUACUUUGUCAGCGCCGCGUUCAUUCCAUUGCUGAAUAAGUCUCCCAAUCACCCACAGAUUAUCAACAUCACUUCGAAUGCGGCGUUUGGGCGGGUAGCUAUGGCUGGGAUUUUGUAUUCGUGUACGAAGGCCGCUUCCACUCAUCUCACCAAGAUGCUGGCUACGCAUUUGAGUGGUACCAACAUCCGUGUCAACGCCAUCGCACCCGGUCUCUUCCCCUCCGAACUCACCGCCGGCGACUCAGAGAAGGACAACCGUUCCGAUCUCAAGGGUGACACGCAGGGUAUCGACAUUCCUACUGGAAGACCAGGUACGGAGGAAGAGAUGGCUACGACGGUGUUGUACCUUGCGAACAAGAAGCAGACGUACACCUCGGGGAGUGUCGUAUUCAUUGAUGGUGGGGUGCUGACGAGGAUGCCGAGCACGUACUAG